AUGAUCUUCAACGUCGCAUCCGUUGCCUCAGCUCUGGCCAUCCUCUCACUCUCCGCUUCGGCUGCACCUGGAAAACCCGGCCAAAUCGUCCAAAUCACAUCCUCCACAAACUGGUGCAUGAUGAUGCCCCCACAAGCCGGUGGCGACAUCGCCGCCAACGAGGACAGCGCCAUCGCCUUCUGCACCUCCCCCUCCUCCUCCGCCCCCGCCGCCCGCAUCUUCCCCGACGGCUUCAUCCAAUCCGCCAACUUCGCCAAGGGUGACGGCUACGUCCAAAUCACCGGCAAGAUCGAUGCUUCAAAGUACUCGCUUUCGGCGACUGAUCGCGGUGGUCAGUAUGAUAUCAAGGCCCCCGUUGGAAGUGCCUGUGCUGAUUAUAACCAUUACGUGAACUUGAUUGAGCCCCAUUCGAACACCAUGUGCAUUCGUUGCUGUAAGGAGAAGAAGGACUGUAACACUGGAAAGUCGACUUAUGGAUGUGCGGCUGUUAUCCCUGGAGAUUACUCUGGUCCUGAUUCAUCAUCUUCCUCGUCUGCAUCUGCCCAGCCCACUGGAACCGCCACUAACUCGGGAGUCCUUCCCUCUGGUUCCGCAACCGGCACCGCAACUGCAACUGGCACCGCAACCGCAACAGGCACCGCUCCCGUCUCAACCGAGACCGGUUCUCUCACCAUCAACCCCAUCUUCCCUACCACAAACGGUACUGCAACCGUCUCGGCCCCCACCAUCAACCCCUCGGCCACAACUGUGACUCCCACCGUCGCUACCCCCACAGUCUCUCCCACUACUGCACCCAAUGCUGCUUCGAGAAAGAGCCAGUCGGCUGGUGUAUUGGCUAUCGCUGCCCUUGGCGCUGUUGCCGUCCUCGUCCUCUAA